AUGCAAUCUCGAUUGGAAGGUGAAAAGACUUAUUUGCAAAUCGAACGUUUUGCUAGUGGUAGAAUAUCAACGGAUCGACCCGAUUCAUCACAGUUAGUUGAUUUGCAUGUCUACGUUAUUCCAAAAUCUGUUUGGAAAGAUCGUCAACUUUUGGCGCAGAACGAUGCUAUUGGCGACGCCAUAUCAGUUGGAUUUGUUCAUGUACCACAAAGUAUGAAUAUUCACGAUUUGAGACAACAAAUUAAACAGCUGUGCAGAAAUGAAGAGCUUCUACCAGUACAUUUUAUUUUUCUGAAAAGUGUUGGAAGAUGUUUGACAAGAGUAAAACCUCAUCAAGAAAUCGAGUUAAAAGUGAAAAAUUAUCGUCCCCCUCAGACAUAUGCUUCAGAAGUCUUUCUUUUGGAAGGUCGUCAUGAAGAUUAUACGCAAACACCGUCCGUUUUUUCAUCGCUGAGUUCCAUUACUUAUCAGUCUGACAAUCCAAUUCAACAUACGCCGGGUAGACUAACCUACGCUUCUCACGAUCAAUUAUCCAUACGUCCAGGUUUUAAUAAUGAUAUGUCUACUAUUCACCAUCCAACGAACAAUUACAACCAACAGCGUAGAAGUUGGACUAAACAUACGCAAACAGGAGAAUCAGAUGCAAAUGAUGCUUUGUCAAAAGCUGAGCAUGUAAGACAAAUUCGUAAACAAGAAGAAGACCGAAAGCGACGAGAAUUAGAUGAACAACGACAACAACAAGCAGUACUCGAGCGGCAAAAGAAACAACAAUUAGAAAAUUCUGAAGUGUUAAAAAAACGUUUAUUUGAAUUGCGUUCAAGACGAGAUGAAUUGGAAAAACUUCGCGAAGAAUCUAUUAGACGAUUAAGAAGUGUUCAUAAUCGAAUAUCAUUACGGCGGAAAGAAGAAUUUUUGUAUUAUCUGCUAGCCCGUGCUAUGUGGAAAAAGAGGUACUUCAACGAGAAAAAAAAGAUGCCACCACUAGAAGGACGUAUUCAUCACUUACAAACUGAUUUGAGUCAAACACAAAAUAAAACAAUUAUCAACAUGGAUCAAGAAUCCAAGCAUGCAGCACAAACAGGUUUCUUGAAGGAAGCGGAAAUCGGGAGUAUUCAUGUGGAACGUGCAAAAAUACAACACGAUAUUCAAGAUGUGAGAUAUCUGGUUGAUCAAGCAAAAUUAAGAUUGACAACGGAUAUUAAGCUUCGAAAUCAGGCUGAAAAUGAAUGUCGUUCAUUGAGACAUGAAUUGAAUCAAGCAAAAAUGAAUUUAAAUCAUAUUAAACACAAAGUGAUGGUUCGCUGA